AGGAGUACUUUUUCGACGCACAUCAAACACCUAACCCUUACCCUUGAAGUCUGCCUUUUACCAAUCAUUCACCGGCGGAUGGCUGAUGUUUAUUUACCCGAUGGCUGUUGGGAAUUUGUUCUCAGAUCCCUCAAAGAGGACGGAGACUACAACCGCCGCUACAUCAAAUUCUUCGAUUUUGAUGAUGAAAAUGAUUAUACUGAUGUAUCAGUCGAAGGCAACUACAAGAACAACAACUGCUUGAAAUCUCUCUCCGCCGUCUCAAAACAGUUACUCUCCAUCACCAACAAUCUCCGAUUCUCUCUCACUGUCCGUAUUCAAACCCUCCCUUUCCUCCCUCGCCUCCUCCGUAGAUUUACCAACCUCACCUACCUCGACCUCAAGCGCUUCUCCAAACACGGCGACCUUGAUGCUCUUCUCCGUCAAAUUGCUUGUUUCCCAUUGAAGAAACUCACAACUCUUAAUAUCUCCGAUCAACUUCAUUUUCCCUCUAAGGGAUUGCGAGAUUUCUCUAAACGGAUUACAACUUUGACCUCUCUCAUUUCUUACGGAAUUAUUACCCUCAAGACCUCUCACUUAUUUCUCAUUGCCAACUGUUUCCCCUUGCUUGAAGAACUCGACCUCAGUGGCCCUUGCUUUUGCAGUGACUUAAUUGAUGGUGAUGGGAUAAAGGCUCUUUCAGACUCACUUUUCCAACUCCGCAAGAUUGAUCUCUCUCUUCAUAGUCACUUGGAUGACCAAUCGCUUUUCCACUUGUUCAAAAACUGUAAGCUUCUUCAAGAGGUUAUCAUCUUUAAUUGCGAUCGCAUAACCAAACAAGGUAUUGCUUCUGCUCUCCGUGAGAGACCAACAUUGACCUCUAUAUCCUUUUCCGACGACUUUCCCAACGAUCAGACUUUUACUUCAUGUUUCAUUGACUCGUUGUUGUGUUUGAUGAGUUUGACAUGCCUCGAGCUGUCACGUUUUAAUGUCUCUGAUAACUUGUUGUCCUCUGUUGCAAUUCAAGGUCUUCCUUUAAGGAGACUUGUGCUCCGUAGUUGUACCGGCUACGGCUAUGAUGGAAUCUUUUCUUUGUUAUCCAAAUGUAAAUGGAUACAACAUUUGAAUCUUCAAGAUGCCCUUUUCCUCAAUGAUCAACAUGUUGUGGAUUUGUCAUUGUUUCUUGGUCAUUUGUUGUCUAUAAACUUGAGCAAAUGUUCAAUGCUCACACAUUUAUCCUUGUUUGCACUUGUUAAGAACUGUCCUUCACUUAGUGAGAUCAAAAUGAAUUACACAAGUAUUGGGAAACAAUGUGUAGAGAACUCCAAUUCUUUGUUGGACUUUGUUGUGAACCCUCAAUUAAAAUCUCUCUAUUUGGCUCACAAUUCAUGCUUAAGAGAUGAAAACCUUAUAAUGUUUGCUUCAAUUUUCCCGAAUUUGCAGCUAAUUGAUUUGAGCUAUUGUGAUAACAUAUCUGACAAAAGUAUCUGUCAAGUUUUAAAGAGAUGGUCUAAGAUUAGGCAUUUGAACUUAGCCCACUGCUCAAGAGUGAAGUUGUACGGUAUGAACAUUAGAGUUCUCAAACUUGAGGUGUUGAGCUUAAUAGAUACAAGAGUCGACGAUGAAGCACUUCAUGUGAUCUCGAAGAGUUGCUGUGGGCUUUUGCAACUAUUACUGCAAAAUUGUGAAGGUAUCACAGAGACGGGAGUGAAGCAUGUGGUGAAAAACUGCACACGACUGAGAGAGAUCAAUUUAAGAGGUUGUAAUAAAGUGCAUUAUAAUGUUGUUGCCCCAAUGGUAUUUUCAAGGCCAUCAUUGAGAAAGAUAGUUGCUCCAAUAGUUGCUCCACCUCGUUAUCUUUCCAGUGCCAAAAGGAGGGAACUCUUUUUACGUCAUGGAUGCAUCAUUGACUAGUAUUCUGGAAAAGCUUUCCUGAUGUUUGAAUUCUAAAAUGGACUCAAAAUUUAUUGGAAGACAUUUGAAGAGGCUAAAUGGAGUUUAAGAUGUAAAUGCAACUUUGGUUUGGUUUUGCUGAAUUGUGAGUCAUGCUACAUACAUAGGGGAAUGUAGAUGUCAAAGAAUUUGGCAGGUGGCAGCGUUUGUUGUUUCGAUUUAUUGCUUUCUGAAGUUUUGUUUGGCUAUGUGAUUUCUAAACUCUUUCUGUUUUGCUCUACUUAUUUUUCUAUAAAACCUUUUAUGUUGGGUAUUUUUUAUUUUAUGUACUUCCUGCUCCUAGCACUCGUUGUGCUUUAUGUUAUGAAUUCACAGCAGGAGCUUCAACUAUUAGUUCGUACAAUAGUAACUAGUUUUCACAAUAUCAAUUAUUCAAGUUGAAAUCAUAUCAUGACAAAUAUUUAUCUUAUCCGUUCUACAAUGAGUGACACACUUGUUUAUUUUACACACAUUAAAAAACAGUACUUCUUCCAUCCCUAAAUGUAAGGCUUUGUUUGGUAGUUUGGAGGGGAAGGGAAGGCUUGGGAGGGUGGAAAAUAUUAGGGAAAAUUGAGAAAUCUUUCAAAAUUUUUAAAAGAGUAGUUUUUUAGAGAAUGAUAAAUUAAUGCAUUUGAUUACUAUAUUUUUAAUUUUAAAUAUAUUAUAACAACAUAAAUUAAAUUUGAAAAAUUCUUAUGAACCCUCCAAAACCCCCCAAAACCCUCCUUCAAUACAAUUUUGAGUUCCCCCAAAUGAGGAGGGUUUUGUAUUAUGAAGAAAAAUUAACCCCAAAGCCCUUCUCUCCUAUUUUCCUCUAUUUCUUCCACUUGCUUAGUCCUUUUUCACCAAGCCUUUCCCUCCCUUCCCCUCCAAACUCGCAAACAAAGCCUAAGUCUCCACUGCAAAUUUCACAUAUAUUACAAAAAGUUUGUAGCAUAACUAAUGCGUCCAUUUUGUGUCGAAAUAUUACUAUUUUGUCCUUUGUAGUUCAAAUUUGAUUUUUCAUAUUUCAAACGAAUUCAGUAGUAUUACUUAUGGUUAUGUUUGGAAAAAAAUAAUAAAUGCAUUUAAAAAAAUAAAAAAAAGGUUUAUAUUUAUUGACGAAUUUUUUGCCAAAUGAAACGGGUGUUUAGGAUGUGUGUGAGUUAGUUUCCUAUUUUGUAGCCAGUCAGUUGUAGUGCUAAGUCUAUAAACUUGGCCUUUUCAUUCAAUAAGUGAAAACAAAGCAUUUUCCCUUCCAAUUUGUUUUCUGUGUUAACAUCUAGCAUCAUAGCUAAUCUAGCAUCAAAGGAGUAUUGGAAUCUUAUAUAUCCAGGGAUUCCUCAACAAGCCGUCGGUGUUGUAUUGACUGAGAACGAGAAGAAAACAUUGGAUGAGCUAAAGUUGUAAGAUUUUUAAGGCAAAAAAUCACCUCUUUCAAGCAAUUGAUCGAGUUGUGCUUGAAACAAUUUUAAAAAACGAGACAUCGAAGGAGAUCAGGUUCCUUGAAAAAGUAAUACCAAGUCACUGCUAGAGGGAAGCGAGCACAGCUUCAGGCCCUGUGACGUGACUGGUAGAUUUUACAGAUGAAGAAUGGAGAAUCAAUUAUCGACUAUUUUGCUCGAACUGUCACAAUUGUAAACAAGAUAAGAAUGCAUGGUGAACAAAUGUCGAAUCUUACUGUUAUCGAAAAGAUUCUUCUCGCUCAAUAACCUCCAGCGGCUUGUUUCUUUGUGGAAGAAGAGGUUUACGUAUAUUAUAGCUGUAGAUAGGGUGCUGCAUUUGGAUGACUUCCAGUCCAGGAGGUGGGGACUUGACCCGGUUGAGUUGCUUAUUAACCUUGCAAGUUGGUGGUUUCUGAUAUAAAAUUGACUAUGGCUGUAUUUUUCACGACGGUGUGUGGUUCACCUCUUUAGACUACAAAAAUGCUCAACCUGACCCCCUUCGAGAGUUUGCGGAGAAUUUACUCGCUGAAAUUAACACCAAUAAUAUGAAAGACAUUACUCGCUUUUGUAAUGUCUUUGUUGAUUUGAAUUUCCAGGACUCAGAAGCUAAGAUGAUAUGGGUGGAUCGCCUGGGCUUGGAUAUGCGAGUGUUUUCUCCUAACUACGGCUUAUUCUAGGUCCACAUUCAUUUCCUUAGAGAAGUCACCGAUGAAAAAGGUGCGAAGUCGACAUUUAAUUGUAUGUAACAAUUGGCUUGGGAGGUAGAAAGAAACUUCCAUCCUCAGUAUUUUGAGAAGGUUACAGAAUUGAAACACAUAAAGUCAUGAUACUCAUGAGUUAUAAUUUUUUUGCACAACCACUUACCAAUUUAAUCAAAUAUGCAAGGUGAAACUUUGUAAUUUUUCAAGAAUAUGACCAUUUUUUGGUGUUUGUAUUCCGUUAUGAUUCAUUUGAGGCUUGAUGUAGAGAUCACUUUGAAGACUUGGCUUAAUUAAGUUUUGUAAGGUAAUUUUUGG